AUUGGUCGCCACUGCUCUGAGUGAGAGCUUGGAGUUAGGCAAGGAGAGAGGGAGCGCUUCCAUUUGAUGCCUAAGGUAAUGUUCUGCGAGCCGUGCAUUAGCCAGCAUCUUUGGACACCCUCUAAAGGACUGCACCAGCAACGCCCCGCAGCAAACCGGCAGGACAAGAGACACUCUAGCGAAUCAUAAACAAGGCGUAUACAAGACCUGCGUCCAGCAACAAACAAGAGAGCAAAGAGACACUGUAGCGAAGCACAAACAAGGCUUGUACAAGACCUGCGUCCAGCAACAAACAAGCGAGAAAAGAGACACUCCAGUGAAGAACAAACAAUUCUUGUACAAGAAUUGUACAAACCAUUCUUGUACAGGAAUUGUUUGCAGCAACAAACAAGCGAGAAAAGAAACACUAGCGAAGCACAAACAAGCGAGGAAAGAAACACUAGCGAAGCACAAACAAGCGAGAAAAGAAACACUAGCGAAGCACAAACAAACGAGGAAAGAAACACUAGCGAAGCACAAACAAGCGAGCAAAAAACACUAGCGAAGCACAAACAAUCCUUGUACAAGAAUUGUUUGCAGCAACACACAAGCAAACAAAGAAACACUAGCGAAGCACAAACAAUCCUUGUACAAGAAUUGUUUGCAGCAACACACAAGCGACUAAAGAGACUCUAGCGAGGCACAAACAAGGCGUGUACAGGAAUUGUAAGCAGCGGCAAACCAGCCAACAAAUAGUCGAUCUAGCGAAGCAGAAGGACACAAUGUACUCGUCCAAGUCUUGCGUGCGGCAAGACGAGGGCGAGACAGUGCAGGAGUGUGGGGAAGAAGCCAAGGCCGUGCAAGGUUACUGUGAGGUGAUCCGCCGCCAGGUGCCCGUCCUCACCAAGGCGGAGCUGCACGGCCUGGGCGGCGGACUCCUCCUGGGUGUGGGCGGCUUUGGCUCCGUGAGGCUGGUGGGGCAAGAGAAUGGCGCCCCGGCGGUGGUGAAGGAGCUGCUGCAAGCCGACCAGCUGCUGCCGGUGCUGAAGGAGGCUACUUUUCUGCUGCAGCUCGGUGGAGCAGGCGGGGCGCCUCGGCUUCUAGGCGUGUGCCAGGCGCCCCCCGCCCUGGUGCAGGAGUUCGUGGGGCAGACGUACGACACGUACCUGGAGGUGUGUUCCGUGAAGGGGUUCCUGGAGUCACUGCAGGCCGUGUGCCAGUGUCUGGAGGAAGUGCACGCCAAAGGCAUCGUGCACAACGACUUGAAGUGGAACAACAUCACCUUCAGUGGCUCAGUGAACGCGCCCCGCUUCCACAUCAUCGACUUUGGGUGGGCUUCCUCCAGCGGCAGCGUGGUGGUGGAGAAGGAGGAAGGCCAGAGUGACGAGGACAGCUUCACUGAGGCCUCACACUCCCGGCAAGCCCCCUGGAUGGCGCCUGAGGUGUUUGGAGGAGGGCGUGUGUUCCCCUCAGGCGACGUGUACAGCCUCGGCUUCCUGAUGGGCUGCCUGAUGGACAGGUGCCCUCACGACUUCUUGACAGGUCCCCUCAGGAGUCUGUCACGCUCGUGCACUGCGCGGGACGCGAGCCGCCGCCCCUCCCUCGCCCGCGUGGCUCACUGCCUCGCUAUCCUUGCCAGCAUCCUCACCCCUCACCAGCUGGAUCAGUACUUUGAGGAGGCCGAGGAGGAGGAGGAGGAAGAGGGAAAGAAGAAGAAAGAGGUUGGUGAAGAUAAUGAUGCACAUUCAGAUGAUGAAGAAGAAGACGAGGUCGAUGAUAAAGCGUCAGAAGAGGAUGAAGGGGAGAAAGACGAUGAAGAUGAUGACAUGAUGACGAAAGACAAAAUGAAGGUUGAAAAGUGCGAGGAGUUUGAUAAUGUAGAAUCGGAAUCAGAAGAGGAAGAAGAGGAUGAGAGAGGAAAUGAGGGAGAAUGUAUAGAGUCAGAAGAAGAGAAUAAAGAAGAAGAAGGCAAUGGAAAUGAUAAAAUUUUGACAGAAGAGAAGAAAAGGAAGAAAGAAGACGGUGAGGAAGACGAUAUACAGUCUGAAGAGGAAGAGAGAGAUAAAAGUGAUAUAGAAGAGGAGGAUGAAGGAGAUGAGAUAGAAGAGGAACGUGAAGGAGAUGAUAGAGAAGACAGACAUAUAGAUGAUAGAGAAGAGAAACAUGAAGGAAGUUAUAGAGAAGAAAAACAUGAAGGAAGUGAUAGAGAAGAGAAACAUCUAGAUGAUAGAGAAGACAGACAUAUAGAUGAUAGAGAAGAGAAACAUGAAGGAGGUGACACAGAAGAGAAACAUGAAGGAGAUGAUAGAGAAGGUAAACAUCUAGAUCAUAGAGAAGAGAAACAUGAAGGAGGUGAGAGAGAAGAGAAAGAUUCAGAUGACAUAGAGGAAAAGGAAGAUGAUAUACAAGAGGAAAAUAAAGGAGAUGAUACACAAGAGGAAGGUGAAGAAGGAGAUGAAAAUGACGAUAUAGAAAGUCGAAUACGAAGAAGGGAAGAGAAAGAGGAGGAGGACGAGAAAGAGGAAAAGAAAGAGAAGGAAGAGAAGGAAUCUAACAUCAGUGUAACAGAUGAAGAGAAAGAGGAGGAAGACGAGGAACAGGAAGAGAAAGAGAAGGAAGAGGCGGAACCCAAUGAUAAUGUAAUAGAAGAAGAGGAAGAGAAGACGAGAUGUAGAACCUGUCACCACCAAAGACAAUUUGUGCACCUGUACACAAGCCUCGUUGUCUUCAUCUGGGGAGGGGACCACAAAUGUCCCGAGGUCGGACUGCCCUUCUGA